GCACCCUCUCCAGUCUUCAAAACCCUUCUCUCUAAUUCCAUGAAGUGAUUAAACCCACCUGCGGUCCCCUCAUAGGAAUACCAACAUGCUUCCUUAACCCACCUGAGCUUUCCUACUUUGUAUCUCCAUUUUCAUGUUUACCAUUUCUUAAAUUUCUCCAAACACAUACCAAUCUAACAUGAAGAAAGCAACCAUCCAUGUAGCCUCUGUCUCCACAAUUAGCUAGUUCCUUCCUCAGCUACUUGUUUGCUUUGGUUCCAUCAAUUGCACUAAAAAAAAUUCUACUUCAUGGAUCCUCAUUUUCACCGUCUCUCUGAAAUCCCCUUACCCUUGUCAUUUAGCAGUACCUACGCUGGUAGUAGUAGUAGUAGUGGAUCUAAUCAUGAUGAUCCAUGGAUGGACCCUAGGAUAUGGAGGAAGCUCCCAACUCGGAUUCUCGACCGCAUUAUCGCCUUUCUUCCACCACCGGCCUUCUUCCGAUCUCGGUGUGUCUGCAGGAGAUGGAAUGGCCUGUUGUUCACCAACAGCUUCCUUCAACUCUUCCUCGAUAUCUUCCCACACCGUCGCCAUUGGUUCCUCUUUUGCAAGGCCGACACCCAGAAUCUCAUUGAUGACAACAACAACAACAGGGCUGAAGGGUACCUUUUCGAUCCUUACGAACUCGUAUGGUACCGCCUUCCCUUUCCUUUGGUUCCACCAUCUGGCUUCUCUCCAGCCGCUUCUUCAGGCGGACUGGUCUGUUGGAUUUCGGAUAACCCUGCUCCGAAAACCCUACUUCUCUCCAACCCUCUUUCGGGUACCUUAAACCAACUCCCUCCAACCCUAACCUCAAGGUAUCAACCCUCCAUCGGCUUUACUGUCACCCCUACUUCCAUAGACGUCACUCUUGCCGGAGAUGACCUCAUCAACAAUGCCCUAGCUGUAAAGAACUCCACCGCAGAAAGGUUCCGUGUGGAUGGUACGGGCUGCUUUCUUCCCACAUGGCAGAUCACUUCUCCUCUUCCCAGACUCUGCAACUUUGAGUCAGCUGGUAGAAUGGUUCAUAUUAAUGGAAGGCUCUACAACAUGAGCUACCACCCUUUCAACAUCGCGACCUAUGACGUGGAAACAGCCAGUUGGUGGGAUAUUCAGCCACCGAUGAAGAGGUUCCUGAAGUGUCCUAGCGUGGUAGAGAGUGGCACAGGGAAGCUUCUGCUGGUUGCGGCUAUUGAGAAGAGGUCGCUGAUCGUGCCGAAAAGCUUGAGGGUCUGGAGCUUGCAGGAAGGAACUACGUGGGUGGAGAUUGAGAGGAUGCCUCAACUGCUUUAUGAUCGGUUCGGUGAGGAGAUGGAGUCCUGUGGGAAUGGGUUUCACUGCGUUGGCCAUGGAGAGUUCAUUGUGUUCAUGAUUCCGGGGAGUUCUCGUCAUUUGGGUGUGUUGUUUAAUAUGAACACCAAACUGUGGAAGUGUAUGCCUCCCUGUCCUUUUGUUGGUAUGGGUGAUCUGAGCCGUGGUUUUGCUUAUGAGCCCCGGCUUGCUACUCCGGUCACUUCGCUUCUGAAUUAUCAGUUCCCUGCUGCUCCAUUUCCGGCUUGAUUCAAGUGUGCUUAAUAACACCAGGAGAGCAGGAGGUGCCUACUUAUUCUACCAUGUGGUUUUAGUAUUUUGCGCAAAAUAAAGCCAGGAGCUACUCAGUUAAUUGUCUGAAGUUUAAGUGAUGAACUACGCGCGUGUUUUUCUUUUA